GGGCCGGGCCGGGCCGGGGGGCGGUGUGCUGCGGUGCGGUGCGGGGCCGCCGUCUCCCAUGUCGGCUCCCUUCGAGGAGCGGAGCGGGGUGGUGCCCUGCGGGACGCCCUGGGGCCGCUGGUACCAGACCUUGGAGGAAGUGUUCAUCGAGGUGCGGGUGCCGCCGGGCACCCGAGCCAAGGACGUCCGCUGCAGCCUGCAGAGUCGGCACAUCGCGCUCUCCGUCAGCGGCCAGGAGCUGCUGCAGGGUAAACUUUUCGACUCCACAAUAACUGAUGAAGGAACAUGGACAUUAGAAGACAGGAAGCUGAUACGAAUUGUUCUAAUGAAGACAAAUCGAGAUGCUGGAAAUUGUUGGACGUCUCUGUUAGAAAACGAAUAUGCUGCUGACCCUUGGGUACAGGACCAGAUGCAAAGGAAACUUACACUGGAGCGAUUCCAAAGAGAGAACCCUGGAUUUGACUUCAGCGGAGCAGAAAUUUCUGGAAAUUACAGCAAAGGAGGACCAGACUUUUCUAGUCUUGAGAAGUAAACUGUUUAUCUGUGCUUCUUGAGAGGAAUUACAGACUUAAGGACUGGAAUCAUGUAACUGGGGAAGACUUCAAUGAUCUCUUCAACAGAUUGUUGUCAAGUAAUUACUUCAGUGAAGAGAAAGAAGAUCUCUUCCAAUAGAAUGAAGACAAACUGUUACCAGCUGAUUUAUAAGCUGCAAUAACUUUCUAAUACUAAGGGACAAACUAUAGAGGAAGGUGUACAUAAAGAAGUAACAUCAUUAAGCAGUGUUGGGUUUGAUGAUUUUUUAAAAAAACACCUUAGUAAAAUAGUCAGUCAUAAAUUCACCACUUCUCUUUAUGCAAGAAUAUCUUAUUUACUGGUGAAGAACAAAUGUUAUAAGCAAGAUAUUUAAUAUUUUCUCUUAACUUGCAACAGGAAGGAUUUUGGGAUGACUACAGUUACACUUUCCCUCUGUAGCAGUCCUCUGAGAACUCAUAAAUGUCAUUCUAAAAGUGUGACUUAAAUAAAGAAAUUACUGCAUCUUGCCUCAAAUAAGGUUUUAUGAUCCACUGUGCUGUCAAAUAUAGUACUAAUGAUUAAUACUUGCUACCAGGUAAGCAAUACUAGAAAACUGAAAGGUCAGGUGAAACUCUGGAUAUAAGUAAUCUUAUGUGUUAACAUAUAGCCUUUCAGAAUGAAUAUUUAAGAUUUUGAAAGGGAAUAUAAUGACUUGUGAAAGGAAUAGGAAGUCCCUAAAUAGGAAACAGUAUCUUGCAUGUGUUCAUUACUGACAUAUAGCACAAGUUGUUGAUAGUAUAUCUGAGCAGCUGUAAAUUUUUGUAGAUAGUUUUAAAUUUAAUAGCCCCAUUUUAAACUUAACUGCUGCACAAUCGAAUAUUUUGCAUGUGCCAAUUAUUUAUCAGGAAUUUUCUACUCGUGGUUAAGGAUGCAGUUGAGAGACCUCCAGCCACAGCAUUAUACAUGAUAAGGCUGUGUCAAACAGACUACCACAGGAAGAAAAGGUGAUUCCCAAAUCCAAUUGUAUUCUGAACAGCGGAACUACUGCCUAUACUUAACUCCUAAGCAGAAGUCUCACAGAAGAUAAGUUGGCAGCAGAUGUUCAUCAUACUGCUGAGCCGUUUUUCUAAAAUUUUAUCAUUAUUUCAGCUGGCAUAUGGCAAAAAUGAAGCAACAGUUGAGGAAGAAUGCUUUCACUGGAAUAAUAUCCACUGCUGUCGUCUUGUAUGAGGAAAUGUUAAUACUCCUUAAGGAAUCAGGUAUGUUCCUUCUACCCAUGUCAUCUUUACAGAACAGAAAAUAAGUCCAUACACUGUGGUUGGGUUUUAGAGAACUUGCCUAACUAUACAAAGGAAAGUAUUGCAGUAUCAAAUGUUGAUUUAUGGCUAUGAAAUUUCAUAUCUUUAUCAUUAUCCUAGUAUAGAAGGUGGAUGGUAUAGGUAAGAAAUAAGCAAGACCGCUGCAAAAGUAACUGAACACAGGGAAGACAGAAAAGUUAAUGGUGCAUCAAAAUGCUGAAGUACUAUUCAGUGAAAUAGUUUUGUUUGGGUUUUUUUGUAACUGCAGUUGAUUUGCACAGGACCGUUUUCUGUGCUUUUUGCUUAUAACAGAAGUUAUGAACAGUAGCUGACAUUUCAGUGCACAAACUUACACUUUCUACAUGCACUUUCCAAGGUAAAUUUCAUUCCCAUGUUUUCUGCUUUAUGAAGUAGCAUGAGAGACAUCCUACAGCUAAGGCUGAGGCUGAUGUGAAGGAAAGAGGACAACUGUGAGGUAUGUAUUUGGGUAUCAUGGCUCCGAACUGUUUGAAGAGGAAAGAAUUUAACUACUCGGUUAACUACUUUAUUUUCUACUCUAAGUAGACAGACCUCUAAUUUUGUAAAAGUCUAGAUGAAAAUAAAAAGAUACUGAUGCUAUGACUUUC